CUCCCAUCUUCACCCUUCCUCCCCCCACCCCCGCGACCCUCUUAUUAAGCGGUCAUGGAGGUCGCAUCUGCUGUCCGACUGCCUUCACCUUCGCCAGAGCCCGAGGUCGAUGCGCAAGAUGUUCCGCGCAAACGCGAGCGCUCGCCAUACGAUGGGCCGAGUGCUGGGCCAUCCAAGAGAAGUCGGAGAGAUGAGGAGGAUGACCAUCGCAACGGAGAAGCUGGCCGUCGCCCAGCGCCGAAGCCUACUACCGACGACCUGCCCGAGGAUGACUCUCGAUUGAAGCUUUUCCAGAAUGCCUUCAGCGCGAACCGGAAGCUGCCGAUUGACGACUCCAAGACACGUGCUGGAGGCGCGUAUAUCCCACCCGCUCGCCUGCGCGAGAUGCAAAAGUCGAUUACGGAUAAGAAGAGCGCAGAGUUCCAGCGCAUGGCUUGGGAGGCGCUGAAGAAGUCGAUCCAGGGUCUGAUCAACAAGACGAACACCGCCAACAUCAAGAUGAUUGUGCCUGAGCUGUUUUCCGAGAACUUGGUGCGCGGACGGGGUCUGUUUUGCAGAGCCAUCAUGAAGGCGCAGGCUGCCAGUUUGCCCUUUACCCCGAUUUACGCAACCAUGGUGGCCAUUGUAAAUACUAAACUACCCCAGGUCGGCGAUUUGCUGGUUCGUCGUUUGAUCGUACAGUUCAGGAAGGGAUUCAGGAGGAAUGAUAAGGCCGUCGCCCUGUCGAGUACCAUGUUCCUUUCCCACCUCGUCAACACCCAGGUCGUCCAUGAAAUCCUCAUCGCGGAAAUUCUCCUGCUCCUGCUCAACAAGCCUUCCGACGAUUCUGUUGAGAUUGCCGUCGGCAUCAUGAAGGAAGUCGGCGCUUUUCUCGACGAGAUGAAACCUGCCAUUGCCAACGCCAUCUUUGACCAGAUGCGUAACAUCCUCCACGAAGCCGAUAUUGACAAGCGCACGCAAUACAUGAUCGAGGUACUUUUCGAAGUGCGGCGCACAAAGUACAAGGACAACCCUGUUGUGAGGGAAGAGUUGGAUCUUAUUGAGGAGGAGGACCAAAUUACUCACAACCAUACGCUUGAGGGUGAUUUGAAGGUUGAGGAUGGAUUAAACAUUUUCAAAUUCGAUCCUGACUACGAAGCCCACGAAGAGGAGUACGCAAAGAUCAAGGCGGAAAUCCUGGGUGAAGAGGAGGGAAGCGAUGAUGACGGAUACACGGAUGCGUCAUCUGAAGAUGAGGAAGAUGAAGAGAUCAAAGCCAUGGACGUCAAGGAUCAGACCAAUGCCGAUCUCGUCAACUUGCGCCGAACAAUCUACCUAACCAUCAAGAGCAGUGGUGGUUUCGAGGAGUGUGUACACAAGCUGAUGCGAAUCAACCUGCCACAGGGUCUGGAGAACGAACUCACUACCAUGAUUGUAGAGUGCGCUAGCCAGGAGAGGACCUACGAGAAGUUCUACGGUAUGAUCGGAGAGCGGUUCUGCAAGCUGAACCGGAUGUGGACCGACCUGUUUGAGGAAGCGUUUGCGCACUACUACGAGACCAUCCACCGUUUUGAGACGAACCGCCUGCGCAUCAUCGCCCAGUUCUUCGCCCAUUUGCUAGCAUCCGACGGUAUCGGCUGGCAUGUCUUCCAAGUAGUGAAGAUGACGGAAGAGGACACGACUUCUAGUUCUCGUAUCUUUGUCAAGAUCCUUUUCGAGGAGCUUCUUGCCUCGCUUGGUCAAAAGGUGGUAGUUGAGCGGUUCAAGGACCCUAUGCUCCAGGACAGCCUUACUGGCAUCUUCCCCACAGAUGCGGAUGACCAGAGCAAGACACGCUUCUCGAUCAACUUCUUCACUGCUAUCGGUAUGGGUGUGCUUACCGAGGGUAUGCGUGACUGGCUCAAGAACAGUGCGCCCAAGCCCAAGCCACUUCCCGAGCCAGAGAAUGAUUCAGAGGACGAUCGUAGUGUUUCAUCGCGAUCAAGCUAUACCUCGAGUAGCUACUCCCGAUCGCGAAGCCCUGUCCGCAGAGGGCGAGACUCAAGAUCUAGCUCGCGAGGCAGGUCUUAUACACGCAGCCCAACGCCCGACCGCAAGCGUGGCGGUCGUGGCCGGAGCGCUAGCUAUGAUUCCGCAUCCCGCUCACGAUCUCGCUCCCCAACGCCCCGUAAGCUCAAGAGCAAGCGCUCUUACUCAUCUUCUCUUUCCCAUUCCCGCUCCCGCUCUCGUUCUGCGCCACCUCGUCGUCGAGGCCGCAGCCCUUCAUACUCUGUAUCCCGCUCUCCACCACCAAAAUCCAAAUCCACACGGCGUGACCGUAGCCCUUCAGGCUCACCGUCUCGCUCCCCACCUCCGCGUCGUCGAAGAUAUUCUUCAUCUCCUUCGCGGUCGCCAUCUCCAGCACCAAGACGCAGACGCGAUUCAAGCAGCCCCCCGCCAUCAAAGGGCAAGGGCAAAGCGAGAGAUGACAGUGCGAGCCCACCGCCCAGACGUAGGAGGGAUUCUAGCACCCCGCCUCCUAGACACAGGCGUGCCUCGACUAGUCCGCCGCCGUCGAAGGGUAAGGGUAGAGCGAGGGAUGAUAGCGCUAGUCCACCGCCGAGGCGAAGGAGGGAUUCUACUACUCCACCACCGAGAAGGAGGAGAGACUCGUAGUACGAUUCAUGGAUGUAGAGGAUGAAAAUAGUUUGAUAUGCGAGGCAUGUAUUGAGUAUUGAAUCGGAAUGAUAGGGUAUGGGGACAUAGUAGUAUUUGUAUAUUAUUCCAGCAUUUAUGGCGAAAUUGAGCGAGAAAAUAGUUCUUCCGAAAUAACAAGUUUCUUCUGAAUGAAUAGCAAAAAUGCCAUACAGCCUGCACUACAUUCUUUGUAUUCCACCCUUGUCC